UUUGUAACCCAGAAUGAAAUCUAUGAAGUAAUUUAUUUAUGAAGUGUAAUUUAAGUCGAGCUUUGAUACUGAAAUGUUGAUGUUAAAUGAUUAUUCUCGUUCUUGUUUAAAUAACUGUCAUUUAAGGAUGAGGAUGAUAGUUUUCUGAAUAGAAUGGAGUAAUUAUUCAGAAGUGACAAUAGUUACUCACACUCCGCUUUUAUUAGACAGAGAAUUUCAAGUUCUGUGGUAGUCACUUCCUGAGCUGCGAGCUGAGGCUUCCAAACUGGAAUUUUUGGCGAGAUCUUGCAGGGAGACUCCCCACUGCACAGUUCCUGGAUAUAAAAUUUGCUGCACUUCUGAUCUUGGUGAAUGAUUCUCUUGGGGCCCCCACCACUGUUUUGGGUGUAAUGUGCAAGCUCAGAAAUGCCUUAUGUGGAUCGUCAGAAUCGCAUUUGUGGUUUUCUAGACAUUGAAGAAAAUGAAAACAGUGGGAAAUUUCUUCGGAGGUACUUCAUACUGGAUACCAGAGAAGAUAGUUUUGUAUGGUACAUGGAUAAUCCGCAGAACCUACCUUCUGGAUCAUCACGUGUUGGAGCCAUUAAACUUACCUACAUUUCAAAGGUUAGCGAUGCAACUAAGCUAAGGCCAAAGGCUGAGUUCUGUUUUGUUAUGAAUGCAGGGAUGAGGAAAUAUUUCCUACAAGCCAAUGAUCAGCAGGACCUAGUAGAAUGGGUAAAUGUGUUGAACAAAGCUAUAAAAAUUACAGUACCAAAGCAGUCAGACUCACAGCCUCAUUCUGAUAACGCAAGUCGCCAAGGUGAAUGUGGGAAGAAGCAAGUGUCUUACAGAACUGACAUUGUUGGUGGCGUGCCCAUCAUUACCCCAACUCAGAAAGAAGAAGUAAAUGAAUGUGGUGAAAGUAUUGACAGAAAUAAUUUGAAGCGGUCACAAAGCCAUCUUCCUUACUUUACUCCUAAACCACCCUCAGACAGUGCAGUUAUCAAAGCUGGAUAUUGUGUAAAACAAGGAGCAGUGAUGAAAAACUGGAAGAGAAGAUACUUUCAAUUGGAUGAGAACACAAUAGGGUACUUCAAAUCUGAACUGGAAAAGGAACCUCUCCGUGUAAUACCACUUAAAGAGGUUCAUAAAGUCCAGGAAUGUAAGCAGAGUGACAUAAUGAUGAGGGACAACCUCUUUGAAAUUGUAACAUCGUCUCGAACUUUCUAUGUGCAGGCUGACAGCCCGGAGGAGAUGCACAGCUGGAUUAAAGCGGUCUCGGGUGCCAUUGUAGCACAGCGGGGGCCCGGCAGAUCGGCAGCUUCUAUGCGGCAGGCCAGAAGGCUGUCGAAUCCUUGUAUACAGAGGUAUACGUCAAGAACUGGGGAAUGCAGCACGAGCAUUCCAGCGGUCCUUCCGAGUCCAGACCCUCUCUCCGCUCGGCCAGCGCCGCCGCAGCCACCUCACAUUCCACAGCCUCUCGCAGCAACUCUCUGGUCUCAAGCUUUACCGUGGAGAAGCGAGGAUUUUACGAAUCUCUUGCCAAGGUCAAGCCAGGGAACUUCAAGGUCCAGACUGUCUCUCCAGGAGAACCAGCUUCCAAAGUGACUGAACCAGCUGUGCUAAAACCUCAAAGUAAAAAUGGCCCUCAGGACCACGACUGUGACCCCGUGGACCUGGAUGACGCGAGCUUGCCAGUCAGUGACGUGUGAGACAGAGACGCGUGGAGCCCGGGCCGCCUCGUCCACCCUUGUGUCCUCUCGUGAGGCUCCAGCCAAAGAUGGUCACGGGGAAACAGUUUUAUGUGCAUGUGUUAUGCUGCCUUGUAGGUGUUCUAUUUAUAGGCUGGUAAAUCAAGAGUCUAGGGACUGGCCAAACUAAACGUAACGUCUUUAAAAAAAGAAAGAAAACCCCUAAGUGUCUCAGUAUCAACCGUCGAAGUUUUGUCUGUUCUCAUUGGGGGGAUAAAAAUGUGUGAUAUUUUUUUCUUAGUGAAUGACAAUUUAAAUGUUUCACCAUUUAAAACAUUAAAAAUGCUUAUUAGUCGUUUUGGUUAUUUUAAAAAUGCUACUGUGACUUCCUAUCAGAUGUUCAGUCUUUACACAUUCUUACUGUUUAAUAUUACUGAGUGAACUAUUGUCAGACAAAGAUCUCUGAACUUACGACGUCUGUGGUGCUGUUAAAUUUGUAGUACAGUGUGGACAGUUUUGAAAUGAUAUCCGUUGUUGACGCUCUGGAUCUCCAGGUGAGUGGUGAAUUUUGCGCAGAGGAUAUUAUUGGACCGUUAGUGAGAGUUGUGGGAUGUACUGGGGUGGAGAAAAGGGGAAAAUUAGAAUUCAGGCACCUGUACCUCAGACAUUGGUUUGUAAACGCUGAAUGGAGAGCUACAGCAGUCAUUGCUUUAUUCAGUGAAAAUUAUUUGGUAUGAAAUUUCUGAGUGAUCUGAUUUUCUUAUCAAAGUUUUGUAAAUAGUUCUUAUUUCUGUAUUUGGAUCAGUGAAAGACCUCAAGUUUAUAUGUAAAGACAUACUUUCCUGAGAUGCGGCUGUGACUUCUACUGUUUGUCACUAAUAACCUAUAUUCAAGUGCCUGUGUUUUUUCAUCUUGUUUAGGAAUGUUUUGAGAUUAAUGUGCUCAAAAGUCCUACAUGAUUGGUUUUAAGUAAUUGGAAUAAGAUUAAUUUCCAGUAGCAUAGGGUAAUAUGUUAAAUAAGAUACCAUUUUGUGUUAGAGAUACCAGAGUGCUUUCCGCUACUACCUGUGCAAUAUGUAUGUUUUAAAACACAGAUUUGAGUGUACAUUUAAUCACGGGGGUAUCACAGAUAUAAGCACCUCUCUAAAAAAAUCCUUAGUUUCAGGUGUUGACUAAUAGACCAGUUGGAGCAAGUACCGUUUUUACGGUUCAGUCUUAAGCAUUUGCUUUAAGAAAAUAGUCUUGAAUUCACAUGCUGCUAUUUUUAUGAUAUUUUGCCAUACUACAGUACUGUUUUGUUUUGAAUUCAUACAUGUCACUCUUUCUCCUUUUCAUUUUCUAAGAUGAUUUCUUGUUUGAGAAAGAGGUUUCUUACUGCAGUGGUGGGGUCCAGAGGUUACUGUUAUCCUCGGAUUCUUAGAGCAUCCGUUUAAAAAUCCAAAUGCAUAAAGAAUGCACCACUCAACCUUUUUAUCCAUAAGCUAGUAUUUUUAAAGUUAUAUUUAGGUUGUUUUCUUUUUUGCAGCUACAUUUAAAAAUGAGAGAAUGAAAAGUAAUAAGUAGUUAUUCUGCUGAUGUAUCCAUUAGAGCGGCUCUUUUGAAAGCUCCUAUUUUGUGAACACACCUAAGAAGUCUUGUGUGGACAGUUGGUGACAUUCAUGAGCCUAAUGCUGUUUUUCUCUGGUACAGCUUCCACAUUGCAUGUUCACUCUAACAUACUUUGGAAUUGGUAAUUUGAUAUAUUUCAUAGUGGCAAAAUAUUAGCUCUAUUUUGGGACUUUUGAUAGAACUAUACUUGUAUUCAAUAGCAUAAGAAAAUGUUCUUGUGAUUGUCAGGGUCUCCUAAUAUUUAUCUCAGUACUUUUAUAAUUCUAUGAAAAUUAUUUAAUUAUUUUAAAACUUAUACAUUUUUCUUGUAAAUAUGUCACAUCUGAAUUGUCAGAAAUUACUUUGAACACCUUAAUAUUUGCUGCAUUUUUUUCUGUAUAUAUAACAUGUCUUCUUUCAGAAUGGGAAUACAUGUGUGUUUCCCAGAGUUUACUUUUACGUCUGGUAUCUUUAUAUGUCAAACUGGUUGAACACUGUAAUGAUUUGAGAAUAAACUGCCCCAAAUUAAUUCUAA